UCUGUUUUUAAUAGUAAUUGAACCCCCCAAAACGACCAUCAAUUUAAUUCUCAAAGGGGUUUCCACACUUCCAUGAAAGAAUGUCUGUUAACAAUUUGCUGAAACACAUAAAAAGGUACAUUUGACGUCUGUUGUGCUGCUCGGAGUCUAAUGUCAGUCCCUCCCCAGUGUUUCCGCCCCUUACAGAAACGCAGAAGAAAGUUUGGGGCAGACAGAUGUCGUCAACUGCAGCGUCUGCGCAGACACGGAACAGCGUGACGAAUGAGCGAGAGAUUCUGCUGCUUUGACAGAACUGAAAGAAAAGAUCGUUCAAACAGGGCCGUCUGAAUACUUCAAGAGCAAUCAGGAAUUCUGAUCUAUAGCGUUUUGAUAAUAAGAAACUACAUGUUUUAAAAAGCGGAUGUCCUAAAGCGGCGUGACUAAAGGUACUUUGUAAAGAAAAACUGUUGGGGGUCAGUUAUGGCUCUCCGCUGGCAGGACCCACGGGAUCUGCUGGAUCUAAAUUUUGCCAAUUCCUCUGGUUUCCUGGACAGCUGCUUCAGCACCAACCAGAGCACCGUCCUCACUGGACUCAACUUUGGAGGGAUUCCACUCGUCCUGCUGCUCGACUUCUGUGUUUUUAUUGUGUUGCUAGUUCUCUUUUCCAUAAUCCGGGAGAAAUUCUGGGAUUAUGGUCGUUUAGCGUUGGUUUCAGACAGUGAUGGUUUUAAUGAAUCAACACAUCGUCGCUAUGGACGUAUGUCAUCUGCAGCUUCCAAUCCCGAAGAAUUUGGAUAUGAAUCGGGCUUCUGUUCCUGGCUGCCUUAUAUCGUCAGAAUGGACGAAGAAAAGAUCAAGGAGAAAUGUGGCAUGGACGCCGUUCACUACCUGUCCUUCCAGCGUCAUCUGAUCAUCCUGCUCGUGGUUAUUACCUUCACCUCCCUCGCAAUCAUAAUGCCCGUUAACAUGUCUGGAGACCUGCUGAAAAAUGACCCCCAGAAUUUUGGAAGGACGACUAUUGGAAAUCUUAAAACUGGAAACAACUUGUUGUGGUUGCACACGGUGUUUGCGGUCAUCUACCUGGCGCUGACGGUUGUGAUGCUGAGAGUCCACACAUCCCAAAUGAAAGACCUUCCCAAGGAAAGAGCCAGGAACACCCUGUUUGUGAGUCCAGUUCCUAAAACGGCAACAGAGGAAGAUGUGAAAGCUCACUUUGUAGAAGCGUAUCCCACUUGUCAAGUGUGCGCUGUGACUUUGGGCUACGACGUGGCGCGGCUCAUGCACCUUGAUAAGGAAAGGAUGCGUGCUGGAAAAAACCUGCGUUACUACGAACGCGUCUUGGAUAAAUCAGGUCAGCGGGAGCUGAUCAACCCCCGUUUAUGUGGCCACAUCUGUUGCUGCUCCGGCUGUGUGAAGGUUGAUGCUAUAGAGUAUUACUGCGGAAAGGAAAAGUUCCUGCUGGAAGAAGUGAGACAGGAGGCGGAAAUCGUACCGCAGCAACCUUUAGGGAUCGCUUUUGUCACCUUACAAAACGAGGCUAUGGCUAAGUACAUUCUGAAGGACUUCAACGCCAUCGAGUGCCGGGGGUCAAAAUGCUGCGGGAGGGAGCCCCAGCCCUCGUCCGUGAGCAGAGCUCUGAGAGUAAAUAAGUGGCGCGUCAGCUUUGCGCCCCAUCCCAAAAGUGUGUACUGGGAAAACCUGUCAGUGCGUGGUUUUACCUGGGCUGUGCGCUAUGUUUUAAUAAAUACGCUCCUUUUCCUCCUGCUUACCUUCCUGACCACUCCCACCAUCAUUAUUAACACCAUCGACAAGUUCAACGUGACCAAACCCAUCUACUACCUUAAUAGUCCCAUCAUUACUCAGUUCUUCCCAACUCUCCUCCUGUGGUCUUUCUCUGCACUGCUGCCCACAAUAGUGUACUACUCUACUCUGGGAGAGGCUCACUGGAGCAGGUCCAGCGAACAGCUGAGUAUGAUGCGGAAGCUGUACUUCUUCUUGCUCUUCAUGGUUCUGAUUCUUCCCUCUCUGGGCCUCACCAGUCUCGCUGUGUUUUUCCAAUGGCUGUUUGAUAAGGAGUUUCUCAAUCUCGGGAAACUCCGAUUUGAGUGUGUGUUUUUACCUGAUCAAGGAGCUUUUUUUGUGAACUACGUGAUUGCAGCCGGGCUGGUCGGCUCUGGGAUGGAUUUGUUGCGGUUGCCGGGGUUACUGCUUUACCUCAUCCGCAUGAUGCUCGCCCGCUCUGCUGCGGAGAGAAAAUACGUGAAACAGAACCAGGCCUAUGAGUUUGAAUAUGGAGCCAUGUAUGGAUGGACUCUCUGUGUGUUCACUGUCAUCAUGGCCUAUAGCAUCAUAUGUCCUAUAAUUGUCCCCUUUGGUCUCCUGUACAUGUUGCUGAAGCACCUGGUGGACAGACACAACCUGUACUUUGCUUACCUGCCCACGCGUCUCGACCAUCAGGUCCACAUGGGGGCUGUGGAUCAAGCUCUGGCUGCCCCCAUCAUCUGCCUGAUAUGGCUUUACUUCUUUUCUGUGCUCCGAGCGGGUUUCUGGACCUCCACCUCCUUGUUCACGCUGGUGGUUCUGUGUGUCACCGUUUUCGUCUGCGUCGGUUUCACCUGUUUCGGCCACUUCAAGCACCUCAGCCCACAUAACUACACGGUCAAAGCAGAAGAUGAGGAUACAGUGGAGGGAGUGGACGACAACACUCGGGUUUACCUCCCUAGAGUUCUCAACCCAAAGUCUCCUGUCAGCACAUCACAGGACCCUAAACCACAACAGUGUUAUGGCUCCACUGAAGACUUCCCAGAAAAUGGUUUCAGUGCAGCGAGGAGCAGCAGUGCUUAACUUCAAGGACUUCAACAUUUUAAGUCGCAGGAAUCCUGAUUUGAAGUUUGUAUUCCUCAUAGUUACGGAUACUGAGACCAUAGCGACAUCUGUCCAGCUUUUUUACUAACUGUACCGAGAAAAAAACUGUUUAUUUUGUAUUAUCUUUUACUGAAAACUAUAUUUUAUGGUAAAAUAUCCUGUUUUGCAUGUUAAAAGCGUAAACAGGAUAUGUGUAUUAUCUGCAAAGUACAGAUACACGUCUGAGAAGGAUCAAUUAAUCCAGGAAACUACCCUCACAGUUCGGGGUUUGCACACAAUGAUCAAGCCAGCAGCACAGAAACCAAAGAACUGCUCAAGCACAGCUUGUUCUGUUCUAUUCAGGCAUCCAGUUUACAUUUCUCACAAGUGCCUUUUAUGAAAACAAAGAUCUGCCAAGGGAAUAACUGAUAAAUGCACUUUGCUUUUUCUUUUUCUUUUUGUUUGUAUUUGUUAAAGAAACAAAAUAUGACGCAUGAAGAAGAAACGACCAAAAUAUUUUCUUUUUUUGAGCCAUUAAUGUAAUUAUUGUUGUGGGUAACCAAUGAACAUUUUACUGUGGUUGAAGAAGUGUUUCAAACAGGUCAACAUGUAUAUUUAUUUUAUGUAAUAAUGGUUUGUAAUUAGAUGAAUUUUUAAAGGAUCCAGUCCUAAACUUGGAUCUUUGUUCAUAGAAAUUGAUUCUUUUAGGUAAAACAGAAAUAUCAAGUGUGUCUAACAUUUGUACGUAAUGAUAAAGAUGUCAGUGUACAGUUUUGAUGCAAAGAUUAAAUCUAAUCUUACUUUUUAA